CGCGCUCUCGUGUUGGUUAUUUGGGACGCAGCCAUAUGUGAGCUGGUGCGUGCGGUGCGUUCCGUACGUAACGAUAUUUAUUUAAUUAAAGCCAACGGUUAAAUUUCGCGUUUGAUGUGCCGCGGAAUCGUAAAUCACCGGUGACGUUCGAUUCAACACCGGAUAUAGCAGGAGAUCUGGCCUUGGCUUGGCCUAACCUGAUUUGACCUGACCUGAAUUGACCUGAUCUAAUCAAACCAAACCAGGCUUGCUUCCAUCCCAACAAGUCGGGGCCGAUCGCAUCGUUAGGUUAGGGACGCGCGCGUUUCAGCUCUGUUUGCUGCGCUAUACGUCGCAUUAUGAGCUUCUCCGAGGAGCAGAUGGUCAACCUGAUUACGCCAGUCACGUCGUCGUCGCCGCUCUUAGAUUUUGCUGUUAGCCGAGCAAACUCGAACGUCGCUACUACGUUUGCGGGGCAUAACAGUGGCGGGAACAUGCAGUCUCAAGAGGCUCAAACUUCUAUUUCAGCAAUUAUCAGCGAGAAAAUGGAUGCACAGACUCAAUACCAAGAGCAAUUGUCGUGUAGUGCAGCUAAUGCCAUGACUGAGUACCUUAAUAAGUUUCAUGCUAUGGCUGUACCUGCAAUAAGGAUGCAAAUGGUGAAAGAACAGGUAAAGCUGCAGCUGAAGAAGGAGAAGACUGAUGAAGAAAAAGGGGAGCAUCCGCAGAGCAUUCUAAAUAUACCCAAUGUGCCAGUAUUCCGAAAUACUCAGCUGCAAAAUAGCAGCAGUUUUACGAACGUGGAUCAGAUGUUGGUGCCGAUUAAUCCGCUCGAUUUGAAUAUACAUUUGGAGAACGAGCAAGAGAACGACAUUAAUCCGCAGUCUGUCGUGAAGGUAGAACAGCAAGUGCAAACUGACUCGCCGAAAAUUGAGAGAAAGUCGCGAUUCCGGGCGAAAAUGGGCGAGAUCAAGAUCAGCGUCGGUGUAGACGGAUCGACGUAUUACUGUUGCGCGGAAUGCAACUUGGGCUAUACUAACAAGGCGGAUAUAGAGAGGCACAUACAGGCACACAUACAGGAGCGAAAGUAUGAAUGCAAGGAAUGCGGUGCUCUAUUGAAGAGGAAAGAGCACUUGGACCAACAUAUGCGAGGCCACUCGGACGAGCGGCCUUACAAGUGCACAAUGUGCGAGAAGGCGUUCAAGAGAAACGAACAUCUGACGAGGCACUUCGUUAUCCAUUCGGGCGAUAAGAACUUCUCAUGCCCGGUAUGUCACAAGGCGUUCUCGCGCAAGGAUCAUUUAAACAAGCAUACGCAAACACAUUCGAGCAUGCGGAAAAACAAGAUGAAGAAUAACACCUUUUACAUCGAUCAGAAGGAUUCAUUCGACAGGAGCGCGGAUGUCCCGACGAUGGCCAAGCAAGAGACGAAAUAUGUUUUAAAGGAUAGCAUGCCGAAACAAGAAAACAUCCUGUCUCAAAUACCGGAGACCGUUCUCCUUCAAAAUCUCCAAAAUCACCUCUUCUCGAAAGAUCCGAACAUAUUGCACACGUUGUCUUCGCUUAAGGAGCAAAUGACGAGGGAGGGCAGUAUGUUGCAGCAAGACGAUGUUAGUGCAGAUGAGAUCUUACCCGAAAACAUAAGAUACAUAAUGCCGUCUUAACCGUAAGCGAAGUCCAAAGCAAUAGAUGCGGAUUUACAACGGUUGUUGUAAACGUGGAGGAAGUUGCCGUAGGUAAGCUGAAUGCAAUUUUCUAAUAAUUCUUUAACCCCAACGCGUGUGUUGCGAAUUGAAAUUUACCACGGCGCACACGCGAUAUGAAUUGAUUCCUGCUACUAUAUUGACAUCUCGGUUUCAACGAAGACGCGGAAUCUUACCGUAAAAUUUUAUCCUGAACGUGUGACUAAUUGUCAAAACGUGAAGACUUAGUCAAUAAUUUCGUAAAAUUUAGAUGCUUUAAUCUUUAGCAAACUCCCGAAUCUGUAUCUUUCGUACAAUCGUGGGAACUUGAACCUUCAGGCUCUUAUCGAGCUUUAGUUCAUUCCAUCUUGGUGCGAAAAUGUUAGCGAUCGAUAAAUCACGUUUACCGAUGUUACAAGUUGACAUUAACACCAAGUCGAGUGUCGCACUCAACGGCACUGAGCAAUACCCAUCUACCAUCCUUUAUUAAUCUUUAUAGCGGCUGAUUUCGUAUAUUAGUUCUCUAAAAUAUUAUAUACACUAAUCACGGUACCCGAGUACCCGGGUAAUCUAAGAAAUACCCGAACAUUCGGGCAUCUGGGCAAUAUAAGACAGACUUGGCUACCCACAGGUAAAGAAUUUAACUGGCUAAUAAAACUCGCAAAAAAUAAACGAAGGCUUCAAUAAACAUAAUUUAGUUUACAAACUAAUUGUUUCGAGAUAUAUUCAAUUUCUUAUAUUUGUUAUUUUUAUUAGUUUGUAUGAUUAUAUUGAUCUCUUGAAAAUGAGGGUUAUUAAUUAUUUCUGUGACGCGAAGGUAAGUGUUAAAACGAAAGGAGACGUUAGAAAUUAGAACUCUCCGAAAUAUUCUUAGCCGUGAGCGAAGUCACAUUGCGUGUGAUGUGAAAGCAAUAGGAAUAACAACGGCUGUUUACACAUGGAGAAAAAUACGGAAAAACACAUGGAGAAAAACAUUUUUUGUCAAUAACUUUUUAAUAAACGAUGACCGACGGUUAAAACCUUUUGCACGUUACUCAGAACGAUAACCUCUACAACAUGGGUCAAGGUCAUUGGAACUGACUCUCUUUUUAUCAAUACUUACCGAAAAUUGCCAUAAUUAAGCAGAUUGUAAUUUUCUAAUAUUUUUUAAUUUUUACCGCGUUAUGAGUUGAACUUUAUAACGUGCGUGUAAGCAAUACGAAUCGAUUCUUAUGAGUUUUACACUGAUUUUUUUUUUAUAUCAAUAUUAGUACUAGUAUGUAGUAUGUUGUAUAUAUACAGUAAUAUAUAUACGUGUACAAGAAUCUUCAUAGAUAUUUCAUUAAUAGCUAUCCGUACACAGGGAAAACACUUGGGAUAUCUCUUGGCUAAAUAUGGUUGCCGUAACAAAAUAUUAAUAUGUACUAGACUUGAGUUCACAUAAAUUUUUUUCUCUAACUAUAGGAAAUAUGUGAUUGUAGCAAUCAUAGCAGUUUUUUUUGUGUACAAAUUUAAAUCACGAGCGAACCGAUAUUAUAAAAAUAAUGUCAAGUGCAAACCACUAUUCUUCACAGUUCGGACCGCAGACAAAUCUAAUCAUCAUUGAUUAAAAUUGGAAACAAUUUUAGGAAGGAUAAAAAAUCAAAGACGAUAAAUAUAAAUUUAUUUAUUGACACGGUUUUCUUUCGUGCGUAAAAAUAUUAUUUUCAUAUCACGGAAAAAAUAGUAUGGUUGUCUCACACAUAAAUCAGAUCAUGCUAAUCAGAUUCAAUAUUGUCUCGUACAACACACAUUGCGAAAUACGGUUCUCGUUCUCCACAUUACGUUGAUACUUUUCGAGGUAUUAAUGAUUCCACGGUAUGUGCAAUUGUAUAGAGAACUAUUGCUUUAUAUGCAAAUGAAAAUAUUGAAUAUCUCGAAAACGAAUAGUUUGUAGAUCUAUAUUUAUUAGCAGUUUUUUAUUUGUCUUUUUUUCAAGUUCCAUUAGCCAGUUAAUGCUGCAAUUCUAAGUAAAUAUACGAGUAAAUCGUAAAAUCGUAAAGUCGUAGCUUACGAAAAAAAAAAAAUUGUAGAUAUUUACGAGUUAUAUGAUAUGCGGUCCGUAUAGAAUUGCAGAUCUCCUCAUUCUUACGAGUCUUACGAGAACAAGUUACGAAUUUUACGAUUUUGUCUAGAAUUGCAGUAUAAGUCUCUUUACUUAUAAUUCUAAAACACGCCAUACAUCAUAGACUGAUGGUUAUCUGAUUUUUUGAUUAUCAUCAAAAUUGAUUCACGCGUGUCUAUUCAUUAUUCGGUCUCACUUAAAUUAGCGGUCGUAAUUUUUCCCAACGAUUCUAGUCCAUUUAUGCAAAAUCACAACCGCUGAGCUCGUGAUAAAUUUCAUUAAUAAAUUGGUCUGCUCUCAGUUAAGUAGACAAGUACUGCAAACUAGAUAAGACAAGCAUACGGGGGAGAUUUUUGUCUAAUAAUAUACCAUACUGUAUCGCGCUCGACUGAGAUAUAUUCAUACGAAGUCUAUUAACUAUAUUCAUUCAUUCAAUUAUGACUAUACAUAUAUUCAUAAGCUAAAUUUUAUAUAUUGCGGUAAUUAACUAGAAGUUUGUUCGGACACGUCAUUUUAAUUUUUUUGUAUAAAAAUUUACCAAACACACAUUAGGCAUCAUAUAAGCCUUGACAUUUUCCGCUAAGAUUUCCUACGAUUUUUAAUCUUAUAUAUCUAUGCAUCUAUAUUGUAUCACUUUCAAGUAUUUCUAAUGUUAUGAGUAUACCCUAGCCGAACAUGCCAGUAUGGUUUUUCAAUUUAGAAAUGCUAAGAUUUUCCGGGAGAACUUUUUCCGUGUAAAGCGUAAGUAUGAUAAGUAAGAUAAGUAGGUUGAAAAGUCGCGUAAAUAAUUAAAUUUCACAUUAAUUCAUAAUGCGAAAAUGCGUGUUGGGGGAAGUCAAUCUGCCACUAGAGAAUAACGUGUCGCUCGAAAAAAUGAUUGAUAGGUAUGCAUUAUUCUGAAAAAUCUCGAAACUCUCAAAGUGUAACAAUUUCUCGUUAUAUCGAUUUCGGAGUUAUAACAUUUUGGAAAGUUGUUCCACUUUUUGAACAACGAGAUUUUGUCUUUUUUGGGACAAUGCAUGUCCACGUCGAAUGAGCGAUAAAAAAAGAAAAAAAAAAAAUUGACGGUGCGUAAAUUCGAGAGUUUCUCGUGCUUUAUCGUAUCGGACAAUUUUUCGUUGCGCGCUUUUUUCGAUUUUAACUAGAAACUGGUGAAACGUGGAGCGAAUGUAACCGGUCAUUCAACGUGAUAUCGACGGAUCUCGGGAACACACGAUAACAGCACGAUACUCGCGAGUUUGGCACUUUAGUAUCAAUGUACACAUCGUGUACUGCCAGUAAUUUCGUUACUGAUACUUGUAAAUUAAAUUAUGUACAUAGAUGUAGACGUUUUAAGUAAUGAGAGGAGAUAUCCAAUUGGACGAAUCUCGAUAUCCGAUCUGUCCGUUGUGUCGAGAAUAGCAGAAGUUAACCAUUUUGAUCGAAUUUCCGGGAAGAAAGUAUUCCUAACGCAGAUACCUCAAAUAAUGUUUAGCGGUUUUUAUCUAAGUUGACGCAAUGGAGGUCGAGAAUCGUAUUCCGAAACGCAUGUAUGAGAUAUUUACCUCGCAGCAAUCCGAAAUUGGUGUUCUCAAGCGCGAGAAAAUGUUGUGUCACACACAAGAAAAAAAAGGAAUGAUUGUGUCAACUAGAAAAUAGUAAAAUAUGGCGUAGCUUUUAUUUCUUGGUUUAAUUCUUGGUUAUGUUGAUCUAUGCGACAUCAUUCGUUAGCACUGCAAUUCGUGAAAGAUGCAUUUUUAAGGCAACAAAUCGGUAGGUCAAUGCAAUCAAGGAUUGAUUCUUGAAGUCAGAAAAAAAGCUAUGUCAUAUUUUACUAUUUUUCUGGUGAACACGACCAUUUUUUUCCGUGCAGUAAACAGAUUUAAGCGAUACAUUUUUUCGAGUGAUUUGCAUUGGUCUGUCAACUACAAAUCACCUUUUAACCAUCCAAAUCGAGAAGAGAUCGGGGCUAAUUGGCAGUAUAAAGGAUAUGUCGUCCAUAUGUUCUAUUUAUGUAUUUAUUUCAUGAGAGGAACAGUGGAAAAGUGAAACCACAAAAUUUCCUUUUUAUAGUAUAGAUACUUUUUACUGAAUUUUAUUAAAAUCAAGAUUAUAUUAUAGUUAAAAAAUAGAGACAACUAAUUUAGUUUAAGAGUAGCAAAGUACAUUUUCGAGCAUCUCAAAAUCUGUUAUUAAUAUAAUUAUAAUAAAUUUGUACAUAUAUAUAUAUGUAUAUAUAUAUGUGUAUAUAAAAUAUUACAACUAAUUGUGAUUAACUGUGCAAAUAUGAUAAAGACAGUUUUCCUCUAUGUUUUUAUUCCCGCAGCGAUCUUGUAAAUUUCCUGUAUAUUUUCUUCUGUAAUAUCUCGAUACAUUAGCUUAUAUAAUUGUAUUUUAUGUUAUUAAUAUAAUUUUUUUAUAAUUUGAUAUCAAUGUUCUCAUAUCUAGUAACAAAAGCAAGUUUCAUUUUUAAACUCAUUGAAAUCGAGUAUGUAUAUGGGUGAGUUACAUACAGACAUAUAGUUGGCCACUAUUUAAAGAUCGGCAGAACUGACUUUUAAUGACUUCUCGUGAAGACUCCGGAAUUAUUAAUCUGGAUACAUGUUUGAUACGUGGCUUUCUUACCCCGAGUUAGCCGAUUUGACCAGUAAGAUGGCCACGUUGCAACACACUCAUAUUUCGAUUAUUAUAGAAGAAAAUGUAGGGUUUACAAUAUCGUUAUAGGCAUAAAACAUGAGGAAAGUUGUCCAUCAUGUUUGUACAGUUGAAAUUCUGAAAAAUGUUAUCCAGCCCCGGUCUCCCCUCUAUCGUCUUUAAUCCUUCAUCCUUUUCGGACACAAUUUACCAUCUUUUUUAUUAUAUAUAUUUCUAUGUUUUAAGCAUUUAAACGUAUUUUAAUUACUUUUGAAGGCUGAUUUUUACAGUUCAAGCAUUAGACAUCGUCGCUGGUUGAUACUUAAAAAUAUAACAAGUGAACACAUCGAUCCAAUCGAGAUUAGCAAUCGACCUUUUGAGUGGCGUAACUUAAAGUUAUGCAUUAAUUUAUAACGGUCAUCUAGGUUUGUAAGUUUCGCAAUUAUUCGCAAGGAGAGGAUCACUUAUCGUAUUUUCUCGCAUAUCCUCUUCUUCUUAAAAUGCAUUUCAACUUCGGUUUCGAGCAAAAGGUCCUAAGAUAGCACAAAAACUGUGAUAGCUUACGGAGAUUUACUCGUGCGACGGGAUGAUACAUGUGCGAUUGUUUUCGAUUUCGAUCGAUGAGACGAUUUGAUCGACGACGGUUCGCGCCUUGAGGAACAGUCGUUCGCACUUGACAUUAUUUUUACGCUAUCCGCCCGCUUGACGAAUCGACUCUUAUUUGUAUGGAUAAGUAUUAGCGACAAAUACAUGAGGAAUCGUUCAUACGCAUCGUGCAUGCCCGAGAAUCGUUUGGAGAGAGAGAGAGAGAGAGAGUAUUCCUAACGUUCUCUCGCGCACGCUGAUCAGGUGUGCGUGUCAUGUGUGCGUGCGUGCGUGCGUGCGUUUAGCGGAUCUGUGCGUUAGAUGUAAGAGAUUAGAAAAUAGUAAAUACGACACGUACGGGACUCUCGUGUCGGUGCGACACAACCAAAGACUUUCACAUUUGCGUGUGAAACAGCAGUAUUCUAAGGGUCAUUUAUCGGAGUCGGAGUCCUCCCCCGCCCUCCUCCCUGCACCCUCUUCGCGCAUAAGUCGCUCUGCUCGAAUCAGAUGACAGUUUUGCCUCGACUCAAACGUCUUUUUCGAGAUGAGACAGUGACUUUCGCGGUUUCUCAUUAAGAUCAGACAAAGGCACGUGUGCAAGAUGACGCGUGAUGAUCGCACCUUAAUGAAAAAGAAAGAAAAGCGACAUGUAUGUGUGUGUGUAUAUGUGUGUCCACUAGAAGUCGCGUCACUCAGCAGAUUCGACUAGAAUUGUUAUAAUCGUUGCCAAUAAGAGAGAAGGGGCGACACGAAUUGUGAAUUUACGGAAUACAUACAAAUGUAUUUUUCAGAUCGAGCUAUUUUUGAAUAAAAGAAGCGAAUAACAUCUCA